ACCCGAACGUCACUUCCGGCAACAAUAGGAAACGUCAAAAGUCGGGCAGUCCGCAGCUCUGGCUGCUACAGCUUGAGGCGAGCUGAGUCCAGAGGAAUCCUGUGCUGCUUCUGAUAUCCUCACUGCUGUCACCACUAUCGGCGUGAACAAGUGAAGUUUGAACCGGCUUCUCCAUGGCCCGGGCACCGGUUCCCGGCUGAGCCAUUUUCUUUGUGACUAAAAAAAGCCCCCGCCCAGAGACCGAUUCGUCGCGGCGGCGGUGGGGAUCGCAGGUCGUUCAGGCUUGCAGAUGGGUCAGGGGCUGUGGAGAGUGGCCAGAAACCAGCAGCUACAGCACGAAGGUUACAGUGAGCAAGGCUACCUCAGCAGAGAGCAGAGCAGGAGGAUGGCUGCCAGCAGCAUUUCUAACACCAGUCAUCGGAAACAGGUCCAAGGAGGCAUCGAUAUAUAUCACCUCUUGAAGGCACGGAAAUCUAAAGAACAGGAAGGAUUCAUUAAUUUGGAAAUGUUGCCCCCCGAGCUAAGCUUUACCAUCUUGUCCUACCUGAAUGCGACUGACCUCUGCUUAGCUUCAUGUGUUUGGCAGGACCUUGCAAAUGAUGAACUUCUCUGGCAAGGGUUGUGUAAAUCCACAUGGGGUCACUGUUCCAUAUAUAAUAAGAACCCACCUCUAGGAUUUUCUUUCAGAAAAUUGUAUAUGCAGUUGGAUGAAGGCAGCCUCACCUUUAAUGCCAACCCAGAGGAGGGAGUGAACUACUUUAUGUCCAAGGGUAUCCUAGAUGAUUCACCAAAGGAAAUAGCAAAGUUUAUCUUCUGUACAAGAACACUAAAUUGGAAAAAACUGAGAAUCUAUCUUGAUGAAAGGAGAGAUGUCUUGGAUGACCUUGUAACAUUGCAUAAUUUUAGAAAUCAAUUCUUGCCCAAUGCACUGAGAGAAUUUUUUCGUCAUAUCCAUGCCCCCGAAGAGCGUGGGGAGUAUCUUGAAACUCUCAUAACAAAGUUCUCACAUAGAUUCUGUGCUUGCAACCCCGAUUUAAUGCGAGAACUUGGCCUUAGUCCUGAUGCUGUCUAUGUACUGUGCUACUCUUUGAUUCUACUUUCCAUUGACCUCACUAGCCCUCACGUGAAGAAUAAGAUGUCAAAAAGAGAAUUUAUUCGAAAUACCCGUCGUGCUGCUCAAAACAUUAGUGAAGAUUUUGUAGGGCAUCUUUAUGACAACAUCUACCUUAUUGGCCACGUGGCUGCAUAAAAGCACAAUUGCUAGGACUUCCACUAUUAACUUCAAACUAAAGUUACCCAAGGACUUAUUUAGCAGUUAUGGGGGUUACAUUAGUGCUGGUCAUCCUGGCCUCUGUAUACAAUCAAGCUUGAGUGUACACCUUUCUUUUUUUCCUUUUACUCUUUUCUUUUUUAGUAAUUUCCUUGGGGAGCUAAAGGAUUUUGCAGAAUUUUUCUUAAUUUUGCUUAUCAUGUUUUGCACAAAGCAGAGCCGUUGUCUGACACAGCUGUUUAAGAAUGUUAAACUGACAUUAUACUCUAAGGGAUGGUAUAUUUGUGCAUUAGAUUUGCUUGAAAAACUAUUCGUUUUCAUUCUUUUUAAAAAUACCAUGUAAUGUGUACAUAUUUAAUGAAAGAGAUUUAUAAUCAUAAUUAUUUUAUUGUAAAGAUUUUAACUAAAGCCUUUCCUUUUCUCUCAAACUGAGUUCUGAAAUUUAUUUGAUUCUGAUCUGAGCUUUUUACUGUCUUCAUAAAAGUUGGAUCUGACUUGGAUGAAAACCAAUACCCGUUUGUCUUUCCUUUGAACUUUGAAAAGAGUAUUUAUUGUUUUGUUGCUAGUAACAAGCAAAACAGGCACUUAUUUUUAUAAUAUAAAUUCAUCACUUGACUUCCCAUUUUUAAAAGUUUCCUCAUUUGUCAUGUUUUAGUCUUGUCUCAAUAAGUCCUUUAAGCCAUUUGAGAUAGCAAAAUGUAUUAAAUCUAAGAUUUACAUACAUAGGAACAGAAUGUUAUUAGAACUUCUAUCUGAUGUCAUUUGUCAAACUUUACCAUUCUCUUAACUUGAUAAUUUGUGUUUAGAACCAGUUGAGUAAGGGAUGUUGUGAAUGAAUAAAGGUUCUUUAUUCAUUCAUUCAUUCAAUAAAUAUUUACCAAGGGCCUUCCGUGUAUUAAACACUGUGCUAGGUAGUAGUGAUACCUAGACAUGGACCCUGCCUUCAUAGAUGUUACAUGACUAGUAACAAAAGGAAAAAUACAGCUUCGUGGAGAGCAAAUGAAGAAUAGCUUAACUAAUAAUCAUUUAAUUAUGAACCACUUGGCAUUGAAAUGGUAAAGACUAGUAUAUUUAUAUGGUAAGUCAGAAGUUUUCUGGAAAUACUAAGUGCUAAGUGAAAAGCACCAGCUUUGAAAUGAGACAUUAUGUGAUGGGUCGAACUCUAGUCUGGGGGGGGGGGGGGAGCUUGGAGGGGCAGAAACUUGGGCUGGAGGUGUACAAUCCUGGCUUCUUUAGAGAUCUGAUCCUAAGUAAAUAGCGGUCUGGUAACAUCUCAACUACAGUGACGUCCUACAGAAUUUUCAGCGACACGACAUAAGGUCAUCAAACAAUGUCAGAAGUCAAAGGGACUUUUAGACUGGGAGUAAACAAGUUCUCAGAUCUUGAGGCAAGUAUCUACAUAUUCACAUGUGCAUAAUUUCAAACUCCAUGACAAAAUAAUCCCUUCUAAUUUUAACUUCAAAACUAAUGUAUGGAAAAGUUUCUAAAGACACUGAUGAUAACGUUAUUGUUUCUAUUUUCCAGUGAAUGGCAGGCAUCUUGCCCUCUCUAGCUCCCCCUAUCUUGUCUUUUUUUUUUUUUUUUUUUCUAUCCCCAACUCUCCCUUACCAUUAGGUCCUUUCUACAUCUCUGUUUUAGCUUUACUCUCUCUUUUCUUUCCUUCUAUUUCUUCUUCUUCUUUUUUGUAUCUUCCAUUUCCCAACUUUGUCCCUUUUUCCUGUUUUAUUUUCUCCACCCUGACCUGAUUACCUGAUUAUAAAUGUAGGCCGGCAAUAUUCUUUUUUUUUUUUUAACAUUUUCUUUGAAAUUUUUCGAACGUAUAAAAAAGAUGCAGAAAAUGCCUGUAUAACCACUGUGUAGAUUCUACAAUUACAUUGUAAUUGUACUCACUUUACCACAUAUUUGUACAUCCCCCUGUCCAUCAAUCAACCCAUCUUAUUGUUUUGAUACAGGUAAUCCCAAGUUUCAGACAUCAGUACGCUUCAUUCCUAAAGCUUUCAACUUGUAUAUUGUUAGCUAGAGAGCUACCUUGUUUAAAGUUUUUUCUUUAUAGGUAAAAUUUACAUUCAAUGAAAUGCAUAAAUCUUAGGGACACGAAUCCAUGAAUCUUCAUAAAUGCAUAUACAUGAGUAAACCAAGCAUGUAUCAAGAUAAGCAACUUUACGCAACCUGUUUAUAGGUAAUAUUUGCACUCUUCACAUAAAGUAUAAAAACCUUGUAAUCACAUACAGUGUUUACCCCAUUCUCCCAUUUGUUGCCUUACAGUUGUCAUAUGUGUUACAUAGAGUGUAUGUUAUAAACUCCACAAUGUGAUAGUUUGCUUUGAGUAGUCGUAUACAUUUUAAACAAAAAAA